AUGUCGACGACCAAGCCAGGACUCGAAGCAUUCAUCGGCUACACAGUCGACAUGCCUUACCUCCGAAAUUUCCUCACUGAGCCCGGGGACAUCGAAACCUCAAACAGACUCGCCAUCCUGCUGGUGCACAGUUUGUUUCAGGACCAACUCCCGCUGGGCAGCUCUAAAGAAGACUAUGCGAAGCCUAUCACGAUGGUCCCUACCGAAGGUGUGCCAGAGGAUGACUACGUUGUUCUCCAAACUCGUAGGGAGACCGUGUAUAGUAUUGAAGAAGUGGACAAAAAAUUUAAGGAGCUCGAGAUCGAUCGCUCGAAAUGCGCCAAGUUUAUCGAGGCUCUGAAUGACAUGCAAGACAGGGAGUUUGACAAAAGCAAGUUGCAAUUCGUGGUGGAGGAGGUGGUGGGAAGCAAGUAA